GAAACGAGGCGGCUCUUCGGGACGCUCGCCAGGCAGGCAGGCAGACCGCGGCUUCUCAGCAAUGCCUCUCGCGGCUCUCUUAGGAUGCAUACGGUAGAGCGACCGAAGCGUUGUAUAAUCCCGCGCCCCCCCAUUUGGCGAUGCGCCCUCCCGACUCUCCCGCUUCGAAGAGUUGGGGUGACCGUUCCAAGCGGACUCGGGAUGGAACAUGAGGCUUCCCAGCUAGAAAAGAAACAUGUUCAUAACGUCUAUGAAAGCACAGCUGCCUAUUUCAGUGACCUGCAGGGCAAAGCGUGGCCUCGCGUCCGGCAGUUUCUCCUAGAGCAAAAGCCAGGCAGCCUCAUUGCUGAUAUAGGUUGUGGGACUGGAAAAUACCUUGGUGUCAAUAGCCAGGUGUAUAAUCUUGGAUGUGAUUACUGCGGUUCUUUGGUAGAGAUUGCAAGAAACAACGGUUGCGAAGUGAUGAUCUGUGAUAACCUUAAUCUUCCUUUCCGGGGCCAGUGCUUCAACGCAAUCAUUUCUGUGGGAGUGAUCCACCAUUUCUCCACACAACAAAGACGAAUCAAAGCAAUAAAAGAAAUGGCCAGGGUGCUGGUACCUGGAGGCCAGAUGAUGAUUUACGUGUGGGCCAUGGAACAAAAGAAUCGGCAUUUUGAGAAGCAAGAUGUGUUUGUUCCAUGGAACAAAGCCCUCUGCUCCCGGUUGCUUUCUGAACGCAGCAAGGAUGCAUGUAAGAGGGAGCUUGCAGCUCAUACCGUAACAUCUCAGACCGUGCCCCCGGACCAACUAAUGGGUUCCAACUACAGCUACCCUGUUACCCUUGACCAGAAACAUCCCCAGAGGACUGGCAGCUGCUUAGCUGAAGCCUGUUGUGUGAAAAUCUCUGAAGAGGAAGAGAAACGAGUUUACAGUGCUCUUGGGAGAUCUUUUCGUUCCUGGUUUUCCUCCAGAUCACUGGACGAGUCUGCCUUGGGGAAGCAGAAUGAGAAGAUGCAGCCUUUGAAGAGCACAGCUGGAUGGACAAACAACGCCGUCUCUGUUCAGCCAUCAAGGCACUGCAGUGUAGAUUUAGGCUGUCGAGGACCAUUGCUGAAAGAGCAGCAACUAAAUAGUUAUGAUGAAGUGUUUGUGAAGCAUAUGGCGUGCAAAAGAUUGGAAUGGCUGGCGGCCUCAAGAUCACUGAGAGAUUUCAAUGGUGAGCCACCUGCUUUAGUCCAAAGCAAAAAUGGGGAAAUGUCAUUCCUGGAUAGCUCUGUGGAAAACGUAAACAACGGCUAUAUCCCGCCAGGCAAUAGUCAUUCUUUUGCGGGCAAACACUUUAAAAGGACUUCAUCGGCGAGCUCCAGUGAGUCUAUUGUAGAUGCGGCUGUGGCUGUGGGAGACCGAGUUGCUUGUGGUCAGGAUACAAAAGCCUUCAUGCGCUAUUACCAUGUUUUUCGGGAAGGGGAGCUGUGCUCUCUACUUGAGGAUAAUGUGCCUGAGGUUCACAUAAUAAGUUCAAGCUAUGAUCAUGGUAACUGGUGCAUUAUUGUGAAGAAAGCAGGUGAACAACAGCAUGCGUAGUUCUGGAAAUCAAGGGCUUCAGAUAUUGCUUCCUGUGGAAUUUUAGAUACUCCCCCCCAUCUGAUCUCCCAUUCUGUGUGUGUGGGAACAAAUGUGUGGAUAAGGAUGUCAUUGUGAAAAAGGGUACUUGACAUUUUGCUGAAAUGCAGGCCUUCUGCAAACACCCAUCAUAGUUUUAUAUUGCUUUUAGGAAAUCUGUUUUGCGUUUUUAAGAACAUUUUAUAAAUAAAGCCUUUUGUAAGAUGAGGAA